AUGUCAACACGUUUGUUUUUUUCAGACACUAAUGACUACGAUGAAAAUACGCCGAGGCAGUUUAUCGAGAAACUCAAUGACCUAGACGCUAAUGAAGAUGAGCCCGAACCUAUCAAUCCGUUCACAAGCUCGCGGCAAAACAAUACGAUACAUACUCAUACCACCUCAAUAAUACCACUCGAGAGCAAGAAUAUUCUGUGCGAGGAUUUUGAAGAGUACUCUGGCAAUUGUACUUAUCAAGCUGGAAAGAUUUAUAACUCGACGAUAAUCCUGCCUUUGUCUAAUGAAUUAAGAAAUUGGUGCAAAGCAUUGAAGCACCUCGCAACCUGUGAAUACGAUUGGAACACGGAUUGCCGAGACGUCACGGAUAAGAAUUUCAACGAGUUCACGAUCGACGGGCAACUUCACGUUAUUGAUAAAGUGUGUCACAACGACAGAUUUUCAGUGCACUUCGACAUGCCCAUGGAUAAAUGCAUCACAGCGAUAUCAAAGGACUGGACAACUUGUUUCUUUAACAUGAAAUUCCACACGGACCAACGUAAAGCUGCUACAAAAAACUGGGCGCAUUAUGAAACUCACUUCUAUUUGUGCUGUGAAAAGACCCGUUUCCGUCGGUGCACUUUGGAGGUCCUGUUGAAUUUUGCGGACAAAUGCACUUCUGAACAGUCAAUUUUGCUGCAGAAAUUUUCAACUAUUAUAUCUGAGGGUGAAGUUUUUCAGGACUGUAACUUCAACAUGAUGUACCAAAAGUGUCCAGGCGGAGAUCCGCGACCACCAACGGCUCUGGUCUCCCAGCUUAUGAUGAACGAUGAAUCCAUUCAAGAUCUCAAAGACAGCGCCAGCGCAGCGCAUCGGCCUACGACAAUGGGAUCACUACAAUUGUCAAUUUUGUACACUUACAGUAGUAGGUACAGCAGCAUCCAAUCUUAUAAGGCUCCAACCAAACUUAUUGUGGGCUCACACCCGUAA